AUGCAAAUGGUCAAGGAUGUUCUAGCCAACAGUGAUAAAGUUUCAGAGGUCCUACAAGAGUCUACUCAUCAGUUCAACCUGCUUACUUCACCCACCUUCCUACCAAAGGUCAAGGAUCAAGGGAAAUUCACUCUCCCUUGCACACUUGGGCAUCUUGAGAUUGACAAUGCCUUAGUGGAUUCUGGAGCAAGCAUCAAUCUGAUCUCUCUCUCCAUGGCAGAGAAGCUAGGCAUUGCUGGAGCCUUGCAGCGCCCUACUACUUCAAUCAUGUUUGGAGAUGCAACUUCUAAGUCUCCUCUUGGAGUGUUCAAGAACUAUCACUUGAAAAUUGGAGAAUGCAUCAUCCAAACUGAUCUCACUGUGAUGGAAAUGGAAGAAGAGAAGGAUUUGCCUUGUUAUUGGGAACCCCUUUCCUUACCUAGAGGUUCAGACUUUUGUGCCACAAUUGACAGUACCAAUCUCAGUUCUAAGAGUCAUGGAGCUACAAAGGUUGUGAAGGAAAGGGUUGACAAGGAACCAAGAGUUGGGAAGGAUAAGGAUGAGAGAGGACCAAGGAUUGAGAAGCCACGUCUUGAGAGGGCUAGAGUUGAGAAACCACGAUCUGAUAGGCCAAGAGCUGAGAGACUUGUUCAAGCCCCUUGUGUGCUUGAUGAAGAGAGCCUUCAAGCUUUGUUUGAUGAGCCACUAGGAAGGGCUCUAAAAGAAGGGGAGGAUGCAGCCUCUAAGGCAAGACCAGGAUAA